AUGGCGGAAAAGUUCAAGGAUGCUGCUCAGGUAGCUGAUGGGGAUCCUCCCAUUGAGCAGGGCGAUUCGCAGCUUUUAGCUACGCUGGGGUAUAAGCAGGAACUGCGUCGUCAUUAUUCCACCGUCCAGGUCUUCGCUAUCGCCUUUAGUAUUAUGGGAUUAUUGCCCUCGAUUGCGACGACGCUCUCGUACUCGAUUCCUGCUGGUCCCGUAGGCAUGGUUUGGGUAUGGUUGCAUAUGCAUGCUGGCUCUACAUACAUGGGAUUCGUGGCUAACUUGACAUCCGCCAUGCCUACUGCCGGUGGUCUCUACUUCUGGACUCACUACUUCAGCGGCGAGAAGUGGAAGAACCCUCUCAGCUUCGUAGUCGGGUACAGCAAUAGUCUAGGACUCAUCGGCGGCGUCUGCUCCAUCGAUUAUGGCUUCGCUACAAUACUCCUCUCAGUCGUAUCAAUCGCGCGCGAUGGAAACUGGACAGCCUCUCGACCCGUCCUAUACGGCACCUACGUCGCCUGCGUGGUCGUCCACGGCCUUAUCGCCAUCUUCUGCGCGCGCAUCAUGCCCAAGAUCCAGUCCGCCUGUAUCGUGAGCAACGUCGGCCUUGUCCUCGCCACAGUCCUCGCUCUGCCCAUCGGUAAAGCCGUCCGCGGGGGACAGAUCAACUCGGGAACGUAUGUCUUUGGACACUCUGAGAACCUCACGACCUGGCCCCAGGGCUGGACCUUCAUGCUGUCAUGGAUGUCGCCCAUCUGGACCAUCGGUGCAUUCGACUCCUGCGUCCACAUGAGCGAGGAAGCUAGUCACGCGGCGCGUGCCGUGCCAUUAGGUAUCAUUUGGUCUGCGGGACUCUGCGGACUGUUAGGGUUUGUAUCCCUCGCGCUCAUCGCUGCCGUGAUCAACCCGGACCUUAAUGCCGUGCUGAACUCGAGUUUCGGACAGCCAAUGGCACAGAUCUACUACGACGCCCUCGGCAAAAGCGGUGCCCUCGGCUUCAUGAUCGUCGUCGCAAUUGUCCAAUUCUUUAUGGGCUUGAGUCUGGUAGUGGCAGCCUCCCGCCAAAGCUGGGCCUUCUCCCGCGAUGGCGCCCUCCCCUUCUCGAAUUUCUUCCGGCACGUGAGCAAGCGCGUCCGCUACCAACCCGUGCGAAUGGUCUGCUUUGUCGUCCUGAUCUCCGUCAUCCUGGGCCUCCUGUGCCUCAUCGACGAAGCCGCCUCUAGCGCCCUCUUCUCCCUCGCCGUCGCGGGCAACGAUCUCGCCUGGAUGGUGCCCAUCCUGAGUCGUCUCGUCUGGGGUAAGGAGCGCUUUCACCCUGGAGAGUUCUAUACGGGUUGGUUUAGUAAACCCAUUGCCAUUACGGCGGUCGUGUAUUUGGCGUAUGUUAUUGUCUUGAGUAUGUUUCCGACGGGGGGGCCGAGUCCGUCGCCGCAGGAUAUGAACUAUACGAUUGUGAUUAAUGGGAGUUUGUGGCUGGGAGCGAUGGUUUAUUAUGUCGUUUAUGCGAGGAAGGUGUAUAGGGGGCCGCAGAUGACGGUGGGUGGUGGGGGGGAGUCGUCCGGGUUGGAGGAGGAUGAGAAGUGA